GCGAGGAAGUUGUCGCUGCUUUGUGUCCUCAUCCUCCUAUUGCUGCUCCUGCUCAUACUGCACCUUUGGUCUUCGAGGCGUGCAAGGGUUGUGCCCCACAAGCUGAAACCGAUGAGAUCGAGCAAGCGUAUGGCGUGCAAAGGAGGGAUGGGUGCCCGCGGCGACGGGGCGGACAUGUUCAUGCACAGGGUUAUGGGGGGUGGCGUCGAGGGCUGUUUUCAGUCGGACACACCACGUUACGAUCCAGCACUUUAUGCGCACCUGCCGCAGCAUCUUCAGCCCCUUCCCGACGAUGAGAAUUGGCAGCCGCCUCCAUCGACAUUCGACCUCGCGCACGGCUCCACACAGUCCCUAUCGGACAGUGGAGUGUGGGUGCAAGAUCAGCGGCCGAGGCAGGGGCCAAUGACGUCGCUUCUGUUCGACGGAUCGCAGCAGGGAAUGUGCCCACCCCUCGAUCUGCAGUUGUCUUCGGGGGGUCACCCUGCCGCGUCGCGAACGCUUAUCAUCAAUCCCGCCAGCCGUUCGGAGGGAGACGCGUCAGUCGGACAGUCGGCUCGGCGGCCGGGUGCUGCGAGCUUGCAGCCAACAGCCGCACCUGCGAACAUCAACAUUCACAUAGGUCCGACGGUGACGCGACCGACGACGAGGGUUCGGGCAUCAUCGCAGGGUACGCAAGCCAAUGUCGUGGACGACAUCACCGCCAAGGUGUCGACGAUGCGCGCCACGAGUGACGGAGAUGGCAGUGCCGCUGGGGGUGCGGACUGUGAAAUCAUGGAAGAUGGAGCAGCAGACGACGUGGAGGACGAAGACGACGAAGACGAAACUCUUGCUGCGGCGGGCCACAACUUUGCGAGGAUGAAGACGAAGCAGUGGAAAUGGACUGACAUCGCGAAGAGGAUGGAGGUGCAGGGAGUGACACGUGAGUGGGAUGUGUGCAUGAAGAGAUGGGAGAAUAUGUUCUCGUGGUACAAAAAGGUGCAAUGGAGGGAGAAGGAGUCCGGGUUGCAGUCGUUCUUCACGCUGACGCCGAAAGAACGAGCCGAGAAAGGGUACAAGUUCAAGAUGGAUCGCCGACUUUACCAGGCAAUCCAUGCCGGUCAGCACGGUAAUCAAACCAUCCACCCGCCGAAUGUGGUGGACACGGGGGCUUCUGAGACACAGUCUGGUGCAAACAACGGCGGCGCGGGCGAAACUUCGGCGAGCGAGAAUGGGGAUGGGGAGGCCGGUGAAGGCUGCGCGAGCAGGUCGUCAAGCGGGAUGAAGUUCACAAAAAGGAAAAAUGCAAGGCAGCAGGCUUUUGAGGCGGUGACGGACGUAAUGUUCAGUCACUCAACAGUCGUGGCCGAUUCUAUGGACAGGGCAAGCAAACGACAGUGCGACGUCCUUCAGCGAUAGUGCGAUAUCAUGGAGAGGGAGGUGAAAGUGCACGAGACACAGUGCGGCGUGAUGGAUGCGG